GCAAAACUGUAUAAUUUAAAAUAUUCAUAUAUGUGUAGAUAUCUGAAUCAAAUAAGAACUGCUUAUUACAUCAUGAAAAUCUCCUUAAGAAGUGCUUUGGAAGUUAAUUAACAAUUUGAACCUCGAUUCAACAAUACUACAAAGUGCGAACUAGUGCGAGUGUGUAGAUUCAAUGAUUAUGCAUGGUACUUGGUACAAAGGACCACAGCUGACGCAUCAUCCUCACACCGACUACCAUCAGUUUCGAUCAUAUCCCUCGUUUGUUGUGACACCCUACCACGACGGUCAUGCGACAAUCCCCUGCCCACCGCCCACAUCCUGCAGCAGCAAUAGCCAUGCAAUCGGUCCUGGGCAGACCCACGAAUCUGCUGCAAUAAUAGUCGAGGGAUCGCUUGCUGCUGCUGCCACUGCCGUCGGCUCUGAAACAGGCAGCUCCGUACUAAAUUCACCGAUUAAGAUCGAGCAAGUUUUUGGAGAACCAGCAACUGGAAUUUCCACAGCUGGAACAAUUGUCGACGACUAUGCUUUGAGCCUGGACUGUUCGGUGGAGCAUCACUUUCGGAAACCCCAUAGCAACACCAACAACAACAACAGCAGCAGUAGUAACGGCUGCUGUUGGUCAGCCAACGACGUCGUCAACAGUAAUAGCAAUAGCAACAACAUCAGUAGCAAUCAACAGCAUUUACAUCCUGGACCGGGACCCGGCUCCGGGUCAGGACUAUUGGCAGAGUCAGCGGCAACAACGUCACCAACGCCGUCAGUGGACGGCAACGCCAACUCCAACGCUAGUCAAGUAGCAUCCGCGUCCUCAAUUAAUUUCAAUCCUACCCAAGCCCAACCCGCAUCACAGACACAAUCAAGUUACAGCUCCAACUCCAUAAAGUCACCACCGGAAACAACAGCGCAACAGCAACAGCAGCAGCAGCAGCAGCAACAAUCAACGGGUAAAAGUCACGACAGCAGCAGCAGCACAACCGCCGCUGCUGUGGCCGCUGCCGCCGCUGCUGCUGCCGCGGUCAACAUGCCGAUCGGCAGCGUACAGGGACAGAAUCCCACACAAGGUCUGGUCCAUUGGAUGAGCGCAGUUAUGGCCGAGCAUAUGACCGGACAGACGCAUCACGAUCCCAGCACCGCCGUUGGCAUGCACUACAUGUGGAACGGCAAUGUCGAUCAUGCCAAGGAUAUAAGCGAUUACAAUCUUUGGCCGCCAACACCGCGCAGUCAUCAACACGCCAGUGAGCAUCAUCCGAUGACCCUAAAACAGGAAUAUGAGGCCAAAAUGAAUGAUCACCAUCACCAUAAUAAUCUGCAGAAAGGCCACUUUCUGGAUGACAAUCGGCUGGACCAUCAUGCGACAAUCGCCGCUCAAAGUAGCCUCGGUCUUGGAGGCGUCCCGAAUGGUGCAGGCUCCGCUGCUGGCAGCAACUCUGCACUUGGCGGCAGCACUCAUCACAGCAAUCACGUGACAGCCGCCGCAGCAGCUGCUGCUGCCCAUCAUCAUAACAACGCUGUGGCGGCGGCUUCGGCGGCAGCGCUGCUUGUAGUACCGCAGCCCAUAAACGCCAUCAAGAUGAGCGGCAGCGGCAACGGCGUGGGAGCAGCCGCGGGACAUGGACAUGCUGCGGGUGGCGGCAGUGGACGCAAGUAUCAAUGCAAAAUGUGCCCACAGAUUUUUAGCUCCAAGGCGGAUCUGCAGCUGCACACACAGAUUCAUAUGCGUGAAGCGAAGCCGUACAAGUGCACGCAGUGCUCGAAGGCUUUUGCCAACUCGUCCUAUCUGUCGCAGCAUACCCGCAUCCAUUUGGGCAUCAAGCCGUACCGCUGCGAGAUUUGCCAACGGAAAUUUACGCAGUUGUCGCACCUGCAGCAGCACAUACGCACCCAUACGGGCGACAAGCCGUAUAAGUGUCGGCAUCCCGGAUGCCAAAAGGCUUUCUCGCAGCUCUCCAAUCUGCAGUCGCACUCCCGCUGUCAUCAGACGGACAAGCCGUUCAAGUGCAACUCGUGCUACAAGUGCUUCUCUGACGAACCGUCUCUGCUGGAGCACAUACCCAAGCACAAGGAGUCCAAGCACUUGAAGACGCAUAUCUGUCAAUAUUGCGGCAAGUCCUACACGCAGGAGACCUAUCUGACUAAGCAUAUGCAGAAGCAUGCCGAACGUACAGACAAGCGUCCUCCCAUUGCGCCUGGCAGUGCGGCGGCGGUUGCAGCGGCUGCUGCUGCUGCUGCAGCGGCCACCAGCAAUGUUUCAGCAACAACAGGCAGCAAUUCGGUGCAACAUCAGCGACAAAAUUUGGCCUUGCCACCGGUUUCAAUAGCGCCAAGCGACAAUAGCUAUUGGCCCAAGGUAAGUCCUGACUCGGCGGCCACCGCCAAUGCCAAUGCCAAUGCCAUGGAGGUCAUGCAUCAGCAGCAGCAGCAACAGCAGCAGCAACAGCAACAACAACAACAGCAGCAGCAGCAUCAUCAUCACACCCAACACGGUGUGCCGCCUCAACAGCAUGCACCGCCACAACAGCAGCAACAGCAACCGCAACAUCAUCACCCACAACAACAGCAACAACAGCCACCGCCGCAGCAUAGCAUGGAGGCGCACUAUGCGCAACCAACGGUUCCCAACACGGGCCAAAGCAAUGGUCAUGCACCAGAGCAACUACAGUCGCAUCAUCGCAUCAUGCCCGAUCCAGGGCGGGAGGAUAUUGUGUCUACACCCAGCACCGUCGGGCCAUAUGAUGCCGCUUCUCUAACGAAAACCACCAGUAAUUCUGCUUUUACACCAAUCAACUCAAUGCCUCCGCACUUAAACUCACUGAGCCACCAUCCCAUGGCUCAGCGGCCGUAUCUCUAUGAUGCCAUUAGCUUUCCGAAUAAAAAUGUCAAUCAGAACAAUGCCAACGCUUUCCCCAAUCAGCUCAUUUCGUUGCACCAGAUACGCAACUAUGCUCAUCAGCCGGCUGGCCUAAUGCCAGGUGAGCAUCUGCUGGGUGUAAGCGUUGGCCCCGGCAAGGACAAGGGAUAGCUAACGUCUUUCUUUUAAGUUGGCCUGGCCACCCACCACCCCUCUUAUUCUAGUGUUAUCAAUCCUUGAUACUGUGUUGACCGCCGAAUUCGAUGAUGCAAUCUCGAAGAUGCUCGAAGCGUUUAUUAGUUUUUACCAAGGAAUAUUUAUGCGUGUUCAUGCAUAUGUACAUAUGUGUGUGUGUGUGUAAUCGCAUAAUUAUGAAUUUGCCCAUACCCUGUACAGUAUUAAUUUGUAGUUAGUGAUAACCUAAGUUGAAUGGGCUCGUAGACUUUAGCGUUGUGUGCUAUACUCUCAAAAUACUUAUUUUCACUAAGAAUUUCGUUAAUGGCCAACUCAAAGUAUUCUAAUUUAACCGUCCA